UUUUUAGGUGUACCAUUCCCUCCUUCCACUAAGCUGAGUCCCUCUGAUGUAUUUGAUCCACGGACCAACAAACCCAAACCAGAAGUCCUCAAGCAGCAUUUUAUCCUGGAGGGAAGGAUAGACGAGCAUGCCGCGCUCAAGAUUAUUAACGAGGGCGCGGCACUCUUGCGCUCGGAAAAGACGAUGAUAGAAUUAGAAGCACCCGUAACAGUAUGUGGGGAUAUACACGGCCAGUUCUACGACCUGAUGAAACUAUUCGAGGUUGGAGGACCCCCUGCCAGCACUAAAUACCUAUUCCUAGGAGACUACGUAGACAGAGGAUACUUCAGUAUAGAGUGUGUACUGUACCUGUGGGCCCUGAAACUCUGCUAUCCCACUACUCUGUUCCUUCUGAGAGGAAAUCAUGAAUGCCGGCAUCUGACAGAGUACUUCACAUUCAAGCAAGAAUGUAAGAUAAAGUACACUGAACGCGUGUACGACGCUUGCAUGGAAGCGUUUGAUUGCCUCCCCCUGGCAGCGCUCAUGAACCAACAGUUCCUCUGUGUUCACGGUGGUCUCAGUCCGGAGAUUCAUACUUUAGAUGAUAUUAGAAAACUGGACAGAUUCAAGGAGCCUCCAGCCUUCGGUCCUAUGUGUGACCUCCUAUGGUCAGAUCCUCUAGAGGAUUUUGGAAGCGAGAAGAACGCGGAGCAUUUCAGUCACAAUUCAGUCAGAGGAUGUUCGUACUUCUAUAGCUAUGCAGCGAGCUGUGAUUUUCUACAGCAAAAUAAUUUGCUGUCCAUCAUUCGGGCUCAUGAGGCGCAGGAUGCCGGGUAUCGAAUGUAUCGUAAGAGCCAGACAACAGGAUUCCCCAGUCUUAUCACUAUAUUCUCAGCACCCAACUACCUAGACGUUUAUAACAAUAAGGCUGCAGUGUUAAAGUACGAGAACAACGUGAUGAAUAUUCGCCAGUUUAACUGUAGUCCUCACCCCUACUGGCUCCCUAACUUUAUGGAUGUAUUCACCUGGUCUCUACCCUUCGUUGGCGAGAAAGUUACUGAGAUGCUUGUGAACAUUCUAAACAUCUGUUCUGAUGAUGAACUAAUGAGUGAUUCGGAAGAUCAAAAUGAAACCGAAGCGCAAGGCAAAUAUAUAACUAAAGUGUGUGAUGCCAUAUCUCGAAGCACAGGAUCCACCAAGGAUAUUCUUGAUAAAUCGGCGGCCAAGAAUUCUCUAGAUCAGCCGAGAAGUGAACCCAUUGGUUCGGUAAUGGGACAAGCCCAGCAGCGGAAGGAAGUUAUUCGGAACAAGAUUCGGGCAAUCGGAAAGAUGGCCAGAGUUUUCUCUGUACUAAGAGAGGAAAGUGAGAGUGUACUUCAACUGAAGGGUUUGACCCCUACCGGCGCAUUGCCGCUGGGAGCUCUGAGUGGCGGCAAGGCCAGCCUUUGUAACGCGCUUCAAGGGUUCUCGCCUAACCAUAAAAUCACAUCAUUCGAAGAAGCCAGAGAAUUGGAUCUACAGAAUGAAAGGAUGCCUCCCAGAAAAGAACGAAGUGAAGCCACUACCCCAGCAGCUGAAGCGCCAGUCAAUCAUUCAUCCUGAGGAAUCAGGUGUUCCUAGUUCACUCGUCGCUGCUAAUUGUUCUACAUUGUAAAAUUGCGCGAUUUGACAUCGCGAAAUCUGCCAAAUAGAAUUCGCAACAUUGUGCAAACCCGCACACACCUUGAUAAACCUUGAUAAACAGUGACAAUUUUAUCAAAGACGCUUUUCACGUGGCGAUCUUUCUCCCAUUGUUCAUUCCUAGCCAAGCAAUCCUGUUUCAGAACAUUUUAUUUCUAUGUUUUGAUGUUUUCUUAUUCUAAUUCUUAUAUCCAAGGGUAAGGAAGGGGAGGUUGAGUCACGAAAAAGAAAAUUUGUUGGUGUCAUAAUAUGGUUAAUGCAUAAUUGGAAUCGUACAAGUCUCGUGUGAUUUUAAAUUUUACUGGUUGUGAAGAAAAAAAACUUUAGAAAUGUUAGAUUUUCCUUGUUCGCUUACUCUCCCCUUGUCACCGGCCCUUCGACAACUUUUGCAACAUUUUGGCGCCAAAAUCUGGACCUAACUUAACGCUAGGGGAAGUUAAACCAGCUUUAAAGUAGAAGUGAGGGUUCAAAGUGACACCAGAAGCACUUUUUCACUUUUCUUACUCAAGUUGUUUUUCAGUACAAAAAUACCCGCACUUCACUUCCUGCCGGUUUAUGCCGCCAAUGUGUUGCGCCUUUUAAUGAUUAAUUAAUUGAUUAUCAAGCUAGGUGUGUUCACAUUAUUAAAUCUUUAUAAAUAGUUGUUUCAAUAUUUCUGGUUGUUUAAUUAAGUGUGAUGGAAUGUAUGUGCGCGGUUUGUUUUCUAAGCUCAACAUAUUUUAUUUGCUCACUUUGAGUAUUAACAAAGGACUUGUGUGACUACCAAAAAAAGACAAAAAGAAAAUCAAGUCUAAAAGUACUUAAUAGACCCCUUUCUUAUCUUCUCAUGCCACCAAAAAUCAAUUCCCUUGAAAGUAUGCAUGCCAAUCAAUGUUCUUGUAGGUACAAGUUGUGUAAUUGUUCAUUCCUAUGAAAUAUUUAACUAUCCUCAACUCUCCCUUGUUGGCUUCUUUGACAAGUUCAAUUAUAACUGCGCUUAAGUGUGGUUUAAAAAAGCGCCGGCGCUUAGCAUUGUGGAAAGUUCUGCGAUGCGCUUUUUCAAGCCACAAAGUUAAGGUGAGUUAAAACGCUAGCCUGCUAAAUAUUGUAAACGUUAUUUUAUUGUUGUGCACUAAAAAAUCACAUGGCCUAUUAAUAUAAUCCUCAGUUUUCAAGUUAAUUAUUCAUACUUUAUAAUAAUUAAUUCAUGAACCAGUUGAAAACCAAUGUGAUAGUUUAUUCAUUAUUAUUAUAUAUCUUUGUUUUUAAUAUUUAAUUUAUUAUUUAUUGAUCAUAUGUAUCUAUUUAUUAUCAGAGAGGGUGAAAAUUACGGAAUUUUUUCAAGUUGAAAGAUCUCAGAUUUGUAUUUUUAAAAAUUUCGCCGCUUUUUGCCUCUAAAAUGGAUUCGGAUUACAACGCUGCCUCAUUUUACAAAAUUAUCCUCGCAAGAUGAUAUUUUAAAAAAUCUUGUUCGAAUCCCUGUGUUCUUGAUUACUGGAUUUUAUAUUUUCUGUUCGGGGAUUUAUUCUAGUUUGUUCAAUUUUCUUCUUCUAGUCUCGUACUCCGGUAUCCCCCCCCCUUUUCCCCGUGUUGUCAUUAAAAAAUUGAAGUUUUUUCACUCUUCUCCAACCUAGCGUAAAAUGGCUUCAAUUUACUAAAUUUUUAUUGUCUAAAUGGAAAAAUGUAAGUUGUCGGCGAUUCUCGCAUCAUUCUGAUGUCUUGAAUCGUCGGCCAUACGGCGAUAUUGCCAUGUUAUAUCGGUGGUAAUUGUGCCAUUUGUUAUGUGCCUCCGAAUCUUAAAUUCCUCCAUUGUCCUUUUCUCUAAACUGCCUUUCAUCGCUUGAAAUUCAGCUUGAUUUCUUGAAUCCUCUUCCUUUUCUCCUUAUAUGCUCCCAUAUUCCUUAAACCCCCUAAGCUUAUCCCCUCAGCCUUCUGUAAUUCCUUAUACCACGAAUUGUAUUCCACUUUUGCUAAAUCCUUAAUACUAUAAUAUGUUAAUUUUAUUCCGUUCAAUAAAUAACCCUGAAACGGUAAA